AGUGAUACUGCAGUGGACUUCUCCCUCUCGCCGGCCCUCCGGCUGCUCAGCCCCCAACCUGCCAGCACCGCAUUUGGGAAGCAGAUUGGCUCUUUCAUCUUCCCAAGGCUCCCUCUACAUACAUCAUUCGCCGAUCUUACUUUUCCUUUUCCCCAGGGGGCCGCUACCGGCCACCCCUCGACCGGUGCGAACACCCAGGCCGUCUCCAGUUCUCUCCCAAGCCAGUGUUUUCCACUUGUCUUUCUCUGGGGUUUCUCCACGAUCCAGUCCAAGGCUCCCCCAUCCUUGGACAUUGUUUUGUUGGACUGCUGUACCAAGGCGUGUAAAGCUUGAGGACUUAAUUAUUAUUUUGAUUCUUUUCAUUUCCUCCCCUUCUGGGCAACGGAGCAAUGAAAUUUCCAAUCGAGACUCCAAGAAAACAGGUGAACUGGGAUCCUAAAGUGGCCGUUCCUGCGGCAGUGCCCCCGGUGUGUCAGCCCAAGGGUGCCACUAACGGGCACUACCCGGCCCCACGCCUCUCCAUCUCCUCCCGAGCCACGGUGGUAGCCAGGAUGGAAGGCACCUCCCAGGGGGGCCUGCAGACCGUCAUGAAGUGGAAAACAGUGGUUGCUAUCUUUGUGGUCGUGGUGGUCUACCUCGUCACUGGCGGUCUUGUCUUCCGGGCAUUGGAGCAGCCCUUCGAGAGCAGCCAGAAGAAUACCAUCGCCUUGGAGAAGGCAGAAUUCCUGCGGGAUCAUAUCUGUGUGAGCCCACAGGAGCUGGAGACAUUGAUCCAGCAUGCCCUGGAUGCUGACAACGCAGGAGUAAGUCCAAUAGGAAAUUCUUCCAACAAUAGCAGUCACUGGGACCUUGGAAGUGCCUUUUUCUUUGCUGGAACUGUCAUCACCACCAUAGGGUAUGGGAAUAUUGCUCCAAGCACUGAAGGAGGCAAAAUCUUUUGUAUUUUAUAUGCCAUCUUUGGAAUUCCACUCUUUGGUUUCUUAUUGGCUGGAAUUGGAGACCAACUUGGAACCAUCUUUGGGAAAAGCAUUGCAAGAGUGGAGAAGGUGUUUCGAAAAAAGCAAGUGAGUCAGACCAAGAUCCGGGUCAUCUCAACCAUCCUCUUCAUCUUGGCUGGCUGCGUUGUGUUUGUGACGAUACCUGCCGUCAUUUUCAAAUACAUCGAGGGGUGGACGGCUUUGGAGUCCAUUUACUUUGUGGUGGUCACUCUCACCACGGUGGGCUUUGGUGAUUUUGUGGCAGGGGGAAAUGCUGGCAUCAAUUACCGGGAGUGGUAUAAGCCCCUAGUGUGGUUUUGGAUCCUUGUUGGCCUUGCCUACUUUGCGGCUGUCCUCAGCAUGAUCGGAGAUUGGCUACGGGUUCUAUCCAAAAAGACAAAGGAAGAGGUCGGGGAAAUCAAGGCCCACGCGGCUGAGUGGAAGGCCAACGUGACAGCCGAGUUCCGGGAGACGCGGCGGCGGCUCAGCGUGGAGAUCCACGACAAGCUGCAGCGGGCGGCCACCAUCCGCAGCAUGGAGCGCCGGCGCCUGGGCCUGGACCAGCGGGCGCACUCGCUGGACAUGCUCUCCCCCGAGAAGCGCUCCGUCUUCGCCGCGCUGGACGCGGGCCGCUUCAAGGCCUCGUCCCAGGAGAGCAUCAACAACCGGCCCAACAACCUGCGCCUCAAGGGGUCAGAGCAGCUGAACAAACACGGGCAGGGGGCCUCUGAGGACAACAUCAUCAACAAGUUCGGGUCCACCUCCAGACUCACCAAGAGGAAAAACAAGGACAUCAAAAAGACCUUGCCCGAGGACGUUCAGAAAAUCUACAAGACCUUCCGGAAUUACUCCCUGGAUGAAGAGAAGAAAGAGGAGGAGACAGAGAAGAUGUGUAACUCGGACCAUUCUAGUACUGCCAUGUUGACUGACUGCAUCCAGCAGCAGGACGGGGUAGAGAACGGAAUGGUCCCCGCUGACACCAAAGACGGGGAACUCGAGAACAACGCGUUACUUGAAGACAGAAACUAAAUGUUAAGGAUGCUGGACUUGAUGAAGCGCUUGUGUUUUUUAUAUUCACCCUGAGACACGUGCCUUAAACAGACUUCUCGUUAGUCCGAAAUUACAUAGCAUUGAAGAAUUUAUGUCACUGUGCCAUAAACGACUCAGAAAGCUUGCUCUGCCAAAAGGAAGCAAAGAACAAGGACUUUACUUCCCAUAGUGACCACAGGACACCCGGGGAGCUUCGCACAUGUAAGAGGUCUCGGCCGCAAAUAGUAGGGUAGGGUCCAUGGCGAUGCCGUACGUCUGUACAGCGCCGCCUUGGCGUGGCGCAUAGAAAAGGGCAGCUACUCCUUAGACCAGCCUUCCGAAAGGAACAGGUGUGUCUUUUCACAGGAGUCUCAUUUCCUGAACCUGCCGUUAGGGAUACGUGCACACACAGAAGGGAACCAGACUGGGGGUGAACCUGGUACCUGUAACAAGGGUUAGAGUUGACAUUUUGGCAUGGACUCUCAGCUUGAAUUUUGAUACAAACCAUUCAGUGCACACCUAGUCUUUCUAAGCUCCAAAUGAAUGUCCAUGGAACCUAAAAGCACCUGGAAUCUGUUGGAAGCAGAUCAGAGCACACGUAUUAAAAGGUGCAAUUACUUUCCUCAUUACAAAAGAAACAAAAAAAUCACAAAUACAUCACACUGUGGAUAUCACCUUAACCAAUGACAGAAGCCUCCUGAAUUUUGUCUCCCUCACAGGGGUAGGUGGUCCAAAUGAAUUUGCAAGCGUUGGUAAAAACUCAACCUCCACCGCUGCAUGGUUACAGGCAAAAAUCACCCAUUUUCCUCAGUGGGUGCACAGGUGAAAAAUAAACUGGUUUUCAAAUGUUUGUGUUCACUUUUCUAGUGGAACUUCAGUUACAACUUGUUUUGAUAAGAGGGGAAAAAAUAUACCAAAACUAUUGCCUUGCAUGGUGCCAGUGGCUUGCUGUUCUGUCUAGCUGAUCCUAAAUUUUUAUAAAAAUAGACAUCUUGCAUGUCUGAGACAUACUACGGAGGACCAUGGCAUCAUUCCAUCUCAGGGCUUUCUGUCCCUCUGGGUGUCUUAGGGUAGACAUAGUUACAAGAUCCAACCUUGCUAUCUUCAAACAAAAGGAAAAUUAAUCCCUAAACCAACCCUUGUACAAUAAGAUUGAAUUGUUUUAAUUGCUUGCAGCUUAAGUGCCAUUAAUGCCAUUUAAAAAA